UUUGAGGCAACUUUAACAGUAAGUUUGAGAGCUCCUCCUCUUUACGCGCUGACCACGAGCUUAUAUGUGCGGGAUAGAGUGAAACAGACUCUACUGUUCUGGCUCGGCAAUGCACGGUGGGAGAAGAUAUUAACAACAAAAACACGCAACUAGGAAAUCAGCCUUCCUUCUCUGAGUUUCAGACAACUUCUGAGACUAGCAUUUUAUAUUUUAUUAUCUUUUGCACAAACCCGACGACAGUGGCAAACUAAAUCAUUUGCAUCCUCCUGAGGAUCUAGGUUGGUCCGCAAAUGAGAGAUCAUCUGAAACUAUCUUCUUCCGAAGAAACAGAAAUGUCUGCAAACAUCCUAUCCGCUUUCUACGAGAUCGACAUGCUGUACAAGCAGGAGAAGAGCCUCAACAUGAACGCCAUUCACAUUAACAGCAUGCUGGAUAAGAAAGCCGUCGGGGCCCCGGUAACAACCUCAAGCAGUUGUACCAACAACUGCAACUCGUACGAGUCAGGAUUCUUCCGUCGAAACUCCACCAGCAACAUGGAGUCCAUGACGAACGGCAACAAGUAUCCCGCCAGCUCUUACAGCAACAUGAAGGAAAACGCCACAAUGAAUAAGGAGAACAAGUUUCGCGACCGCGCCUACAGCAGCGAGAGCUAUGAACGCGGCCAGCAGCAGCUGCAAAUCCUGCAGCAGAAACCGGGCUCGCAGAUCAACUCCACCCGCUACAAGACGGAGCUCUGCAGGCCAUUCGAGGAAAACGGCGCGUGCAAAUACGGCGAAAAGUGCCAGUUCGCGCACGGCUACCACGAGCUUAGAAGUCUGUCUCGCCACCCAAAGUACAAAACCGAGCCUUGUCGCACUUUCCACACGAUUGGCUUCUGUCCGUACGGCCCGCGCUGUCACUUCAUCCAUAAUGCCGACGAACGCAGACCAGCACCGAGCAACGCCAACAGUAUGCAGGGAGAGUCCACCAAGCCCCCCAGGGGGGAGCCGUUGUGCGGUUACGGGCAGCACCAGCAGGCGGCGGGAUCCUUCAGGGACCGACCGAAACUCCACCACAGCCUUAGCUUCUCGGGUUUCUCCAGCCGCCACCACCACCAUGAACUCGACUCGCCCCUUCUCGAAAGCCCCACGUCCCGCACUCCCCCACCACCAUCUUCCAAUGGUUCCCCCUGCACCACUAACUUCUACGAAGACGUUCUCUCGUCAAAUCGUUGCCUUGGCAACAGUGCCUUCUCUUUCCCCGACCAAGACCUCAAAACUCCGUUUGCGCCGCUGGCCGUGCACACGCACAACGGUUACUGUGGGGACCUUCAGGUCAACAUGGGCGACGGCCUCGUCCACUUGCAGUCCCUCCACCGCCUGUCGGAGUCGCCAGUGUUCGACUCGCCCCCCAGCCCGCCGGACAGCAUCUCGGACCGGGAGAGCUACGCUAGCGGCUCGCUCAGCUCCUCCGGAAGUCUCAGCGGCUCCGAGUCUCCCAGUCUGGACGGCGGGAAACGUUUGCCAAUCUUCAGCAGGCUGUCGAUUUCCGAUGAUUAAUCCGCUUUUAUAGUGAAUUUUGGAUUCGUUUUCUCUCGCUAUUCUCCCGUUAGAUAUGCAAAUUCAGCAAUAGACUUUAAUAUCGAGGGAGAUGGAUUUGUUUGUCAGACUCUUGACAUGGCAGUCGCCUGUUUGAACUGCUUGAUGGCAUUCCACCGGUGCAGUUUGUUGCAUUAACUACUUUCCAGAUGUGUACAAAAGACUUGUUUUUUUUUAACGUGAAAGACAGAGCGGUUCCAGAUUUUCCUUCUAUCUUGCCAAGAAUAUGCCUUGACAAAAAGUAUACAAGUUUUCAAAGUAUGUACUUCCAUUCCAAAAGUUUAUCCAGUUUCGCGGCGCCACCCAGUGGUUCAGUUGGUUUGUGCAGUUUGAAACUCGUUUGGUUUGUUGGGAAAUCACUGCUGAUGGUUGAAUAUAUAUAUAUAUAUAUAUAUUUAGCUGUUUUGUGUGAUUAUAUAGCAGUGCAUAACUGUCUAUAAACUAUUUAACUUAUUUAUUUUAUCUUGUGAAAAGUAUAGGCUACAUUGUUAAUUGUGUCCAUACUGUAUUUAUCGAGUAUGAUGAAGCAAUAGAUAUAUAUUCUUCUAUGUUUAAAUUAAGAUCGCCAUUAUUAAUCUACAUAAAGUGGAGUGUAUGUUCUUUUCACAGUAAUAUAUAUUUUUGUUUGGUCUCUUUUUUUUGUUGUUGUUGUUACUUUAUUUUAUUGUAAAAGAGUACAAAAAAUAAUUUAAGAGGUUGUAUGUUAUAUUUAUUUCAUUAAUUUUGUUUCCUUGUUUACCUUCAUUAAAAAAAGUUUGUGUGAUUUUUGCUGUUUGUUGGGAUGUUACUUUUUUACUAGAGUUUUUUUUACUUGUUUUGGAGAAUUAUUAGACGUGUCCCUUUUGGAUAUGUCUGUAGAAUGUAUAAAUUGUAUUUUGGCAGAGGACCGUCCGAACGUGUACUAGCCUUAGUUUUUCAUAGAAAUUCACAGAUUUCAAAGAUCUCAAGUACAUCGUUUAACCAAAAAGUAUUUUUUCUUUCUUAUAUUUACGUGUAUAUGUAAAACGCACGGAAGCCAUGUGCAUGAGAAUGUAGCAGUCAAGUGCCCCAGUAUUACUGCUUAGUGCCUGUGGGGAUUCACCAUCUUACAUUGCCUUAUGAUUAACCAAAUAAAGUAUUUUCGUACAUGUUAUUGUUUUGCAACAAGAGGAAAUGAAUGUAGUUUGUAAUUUCUUGGAAGGUUGUUAUACCACUUAUUGAUGGAGAGGAUUAGAGGCUUAGAGCAACACUAAGCUGUAUUUUUCUUUCUAUUACUCCCUGUUCCUUGCAUUGUUUUGCCUUUUUGUUUGUUCUCUUGCUUUCCUAUGAUAUGGUAAUGGUCUGAAUCUUCCAAACUUGCUGGACAGGGAAGAGUUUAAACACAUUUGAGAUUGUACAUAGUAGGUACAGGGGAUUCGCACUAUGUACCUUUUUUGACUACUUAAUCAGAAGUAAAGCUUUUUGAAUGUAAUGGGAAAAAAGACAAAAAGAACAGGAUUUGUAACGUUUGUUUUUGGGGAGUCAGUUCACUACAAAUUGCGUGUGAGACUGUUUUGUACUGUACAUUUAUUUUUUUUUUAUUUUUUUUUUGUAGUUCUCCCAAUAAAAU